CCAGGCGCAGAAAGGCAGAAGCGAUGGCUGGAGGGCGUCGCCGUGGCGGAAGGUGCCGGGGCGACAAGGAAGGUGGCCGCGAGGCCAGUGACGAAAAGGCUGUUCCCAGCAAGCGACGUGGACGUGGUUCCCAAGGCAUCAAACCGGAGCAUGAUGAGGUGCUUCUGUGCAUCGAAAGUCUAUACCAAGACAAGUUGAAGCCAUUCGGUCGCAUCCUGCGGAAGCGUGUGGCGGAACGCGCCGUGGUGCCUCCCUUCGUGCCAGGUAGUACCACCGAGUUGCCGGACGUGGAUGUAAAGCAUCUGAAAGACGUGUGCCUUGCAUCGGAUUCCUUAGAGAUCAUGCCAGAGGAGGGUGGCGAUUGGUCAGCCACCUUCAAGGAUCGAGAUCAACACUUUGUCGAUAUCUACAGCUCCGAAGACGACUACUCUCCUGCCAUUUGGCAAGCUGCCACGCAGUAUUUUGAACAGCUGCCUGAGGAGGAUGCGCUGUUGCCUGGGGGCCGCUAUAGUUGCGCACAGGCACUGUUGCAAAGACAGUUGGACUUUCUCAAGGGUUUUUCCCUGGGCGAGGUGUGCCACCUGGUGCAACUAGCAAUUUCUCAGCACAAGAUCUUAGGCUACUGCAAUGGCGCCGUCGUUCCGUACAGUCGAUCUCAGUCUCGGGUGAAGGAGGAAUGUGCCGUGUCCCAACAGCCGUGUGUCGGGCCUCCGAAAGAAGAUCCUGCGCCAAGUUUGACCUUGGCAUCGCUGGAGAAGGCGCGCGAGUGCCUCAAAGAAAUCCUGGCGUCCGCAGAAGGUGACAAGUCGGAUCCGCAAGCGCCAUCCAUGAUCCCGCUGUCGAAUGUGAAGCGGCUCUUUCGGUCCAGGUAUCAAACGGAGCUCAGUGAAACUGCUCUGGGCCAUUCCAAGUUGUCCGAGCUAUUGCAAGAUCAGCGGUUCUCAGACAUUUGCGAGGUUCAACUGCAAGGGCAAGGUUACAUCGUGGUGCAAGUCCUUGCAGAGCCGGCUCCAGCCACAUCGCAAGAUGCCACCAGCCAGGUACCUGAGUGGCCUGCCUCUGAAGGCAUAGAGACUUUGGCCAUGGCGGCCAUGGACUGCGCCUUAACACCUGUCCUCGACGACGCGCGGAGGGAAGAGCUCCCUCUGCCCACGCCUUUGGCUUCACCUGGGCUGGCCACGCCCAACACGGUCCGCAGGUGGCCGGCCUUUGGCCGUUGGCCGGGCUUGGCACAUGGCAUGUGGGGAGAAGCUCCACCCUUGCCCAUCACUGGAGGGAGAAGUUGCGACUCAACUGACAGCACAGCUGAUUCUGCACGAUCCGGAGAGAAAACUCACCACACAGAGCCACCACAAAGCCCAGUGCCUUCUGCAGGCCAGGAGGCUCCUGAGACACCAAUGAAGGUUGAACUCAGUAUCCUCCAACGAAUGCACGUCCAAGAAGAAGAGUUAGACGAGGAAGAACCUCGAGCAAGAAUUCCGUUUUGUCCUGGUGAGCCGUUGGCAUUGGAGGAGGCACUUGAUCGACUUCCACCAGGCUUGCGAGACGCCGAACAUGUGAAGAAUACCUUCAUCCAUUCAGCUGCAACUCCCCUGGUUACACCAGAACCACCUGGCUAUCGGAGGUCGCAAUCUGUGCCCAAGGAGAUGGGCUAUGCUCCGGAGGUGGAUGAUUUGGAGAUGUUACGUCUCGAGACUUCCGGCAGUGCGGUUCCAUCGCCAGCCUUUUUGGUACCGCCAACACCGAGCUCACCAAUCUUCUCCCGGGGUUAUGAGGCCAUGCUCUUGCAACAGAUGGACUUCCUAGCAGAAAAUCGAGUCAUUCGUUUGGCUGACCUUAUCUGAGCUUCGGCGGCAAGACACCAGUGGAACUUGUUGAAGUGAGGGCCACUGGGGGGCCCUGCAUGUUGCUG